GAUCGAUACGGCAGUAAAAUGUUCAAAGUGAGAUAUUUUGGGAAAAGCUCGACAUGCACAGGAGAGGAAAUGCGAUCGCCGAGCUGACUGGCUCGAGGAGAGACAAGCAUGAAACCUGAUAUCUAAUGUAACGUCGAGCUCCUAAGAGCCAGUCCCCCUGCGAAGACAACCUCUGAGCCCUGAAGACCUCGACACAACGUGUCCCACUACCAGGAGCAGCUGACGUGUCCUGUGUGUCCUGAAGAUGCCGGUGUUUUCAAGGUCGCAUCAGAGUCUGAAGUAUUAUCCAAGAAUGAGCUUCUGCUAAAUCGAAGGAAGACAGGCUGUACCAUGGAUAUUUCCAUGGGAGACCAACUGCUGGAGGACAACCCAAUGUGCACGCCACAACAAUAAUCGAACAUGUACCUUCGUCUGGGCUGACAUCCCUUCAUAACAGCUGCUAUGGCUUUUUGUAAUGAAAGCCUGCUGGAGGAGUGCAGCUUCAUGGGGCCGGACAACGUGGAGGACGCAGCAGAAAGUCUCCCGGCAGAAGCUGCGACUCCCCUCAUAUCGGUCACUCUGCGCGUGACCCUGGCCGCCAUCAUGAUCUUCAUGAUUACAAUUGGUUUCCUCGGCAAUGCGAUCGUGUGUCUGAUUGUUUACCAGAAACCUGCCAUGCGUUCCGCUAUCAAUCUCCUCCUCGCCACGUUGGCCUUUUCGGACAUCAUGCUGUCUCUGCUCUGCAUGCCCUUCACUGCAGUCACUGUAGCCACUGCCGACUGGAGCUUUGGAAGCGGCUUCUGCCGAGCGUCCAUCAUGCUGUACUGGCUGUUCGUCCUGGAGGGGGUGUCCAUACUCCUCAUCAUCAGCGUGGACCGUUUCCUCAUCAUUGUGCAGCGGCAGGACAAGCUGACCCCACACAGAGCUAAACUGUUGAUCGCAGGUUCAUGGCUGCUGAGCCUGUGUGUGUCUCUGCCGUCUGUAAUCGGGUGGAGGACAGGUGCAGCAGGUGUUGGGGGUGCCUGGGCGCCGCAGUGUGUGCUAGGAUAUAGCGAUUCUCUGGCAGACCGUGGAUACACAGUGCUGUUGGCAGUAGCAGUUUUCUUUGUACCAUUCACUGUCAUGCUGUACUCUUACAUGUGCAUCCUCAACACAGUGCGCCGCAACACCCUGCGCAUCCACAACCACACCAGUGAGCAUUCCUGCCUGCCAGCCCUCAACCAAGUCAGCAAAAUGAGACUCACAGGGCUGCAGCGGCCGCCUCAGAUCAAGGUGGACAUGAGCUUCAAGACCCGAGCCUUCACCACCAUCCUCAUCCUCUUUGUCGGCUUCUCUGUAUGCUGGCUGCCGCACACGGUGGUCAGCUUGUUGGCCGUGUUCAGCCGGAAGUUCUACUACAGCUCGGUCUUCUACCCGAUCAGCAUAGGCGCUCUGUGGCUGAGCUACCUGAAGACGGUGUUCAACCCCGUCAUCUACUGCUGGAGGAUCAGGAAGUUCAGGGAGGCCUGUCAGGAGUUCAUUCCCAAGAGCUGCAGACUGUGUCCCAGAGUGCCGGGCAGGAGCCGCAGGAGAGUGAGGCCGAGCAACAUCUACGUGUGCAGCGAGACUCAGUCGGCCGUGUGAAACCAUGAGGACCAGUGUGUCGAUGCACAAACCAGCAGGCGUUGACUUUCAACUGUUUUUAACUCUUACUUUUCCUCACAAUAAGCAAUCAGCGCUCACGUUCAAAGUGUAUACUGGUCGUUGAGUAAAAAAUGAACUUUUAAUCUAAAUCUUUAAGCCAACACGGAUGAGAAAUACUUAACAAUUCCUCGACAGUUCGUCACCUGCUGAGGAAGGUCAUGUGAGACAAUCGAAAGCUGCAAAGAGCUACUGAAUAGACCUCAUGGUGAGAUUAUUCUGCUGCUUUCAGUCCCAAGAUUUAGCUUCAUGGUUUCUGAAAUUUACUGCCAUCCAAACAAUUUCAUACCCUUCUUCAUAAUCUGUCCCUGAUGUGUUUUAUCAAUGUUUCUUCAGAUUGUAGACUCAAUCUUCAGGCUUCGAGUAGUAGUUGUGAUAAUAAUUCUAUUGUCAGUUUUGUGAUGAGUUUCACAGCAAAAAAAAAAAACAUACAAGGUAUAAAUGUUCAAUAAUGUUCUCACGGGAAAGUGCGUAAACUUUCAACUGACGUCUUUAAAAAAAUAAAAUAAAUGUUUUUUUUAAUGAACUUUGUGUAGGAACACAACGUUGUGUGAUUUGAAACUGUUGUUUAAAACCAUGAGUGUGUAAACAAAGACGUGUGCCAGUUAUUGAGCUGUGAAUGUUUACCUGUUUGUAUCAUCGAUUCACGAAUCACAAAUCCAGGUAAAUAAAUGCAGUUUUUUUUAAAAAGAUGUUGCACUGACAAACUGCUGCCAGCUGCUUUUACAAUAUACAUAAUGGAAAUAGGUUGCUUGGAUACUAAAGACAUCUUUUCACCGUGAGUGGAUGUAUAUCUACUUCAUUGAAGACAAUAAACUCAGCGGUUUGUGUCGAAUGAAUUCAGGUUAAGUUGGAAGAAUGAAGCCUGCACGAAAAUUGUAACAAGUUUUUCUCUUUAUCAACACAUAUGCUGAAUGAACACAUUUAGUGAAUGCACUGUGGUUUUGAUUAAACCUUUUAAAUGUG